AUGGCGCUGCUUUCGACGGCCGAUCUCCGUGAGGAGUUGAAGCAUUUUGCUAGCACUGCCAUUCGCGAAGAGCUAGCCACGCUGAAGGCAAGUCUCCUCAGCGAGUUGGGCGCCGUGGAAUGUGAGCAGGCCGAACCAUGCCGGAAGCUGGUUGUGGAAGCCAAGCAUGGUGCGGCGCCGGGCGAGGACCAAGUGCGCAGCACAGGCAGUCACAGCAGGGACGCACAUUUGCUUCCGACAGACGCAAAGGAAGCAGCGGUCAUCCGAGACAUGAACGCAAGUGUGCGAUACAUGGGCCUGCAUGGUGGCGCAGAGAAUGAUGGACGGUCCAAUUCAAGAUGUUCGGCAUUCAUGAAUUAUUGCGCCGACAUCAUCCACAACCACUACUUCGAAAUGAUGAGUGCCUGGCUUGUCGUCAUGAACGCAAUCUGGAUCGGCAUCAGCACGGAUUGGGUAGCACGGAACUGGACCACGACUGUGCCAGAUUGGUUCCACUACACAGAUUGGAUCUUCUGUCUCCUGGCCGUCGGGGAACUGUUCAUCCGCAUCGGAGCCCAGGGUUGUGCCUUCUUCUACGAGGACCAUUGGCGGUGGAAUCUGUUUGACACACUUGUGGUGGUCACACAAAUCGCCGAUCUUGUUAUCAGCGUUAUUGAGCGGUCCGUCAGUGAAGCGGCCAGUCUCAGAGUGCUGAAACUCGUGCGGAUCCUGCGCAUCGCUCGCAUCGCCUCAGCUUUUCCCGAACUGCACAUAUUGAUCAGUUCCAUAAUUGACUCGCUCCAGUCUCUUUUCUGGACGAUGGUCCUGAUCUUUGCCUGUCUCUACGGGGUUGCGGUAGUGAUCACACAGGUCGUUUCAGACCACAAGAUCGCGAUAGGCCGAGAAGUCAUGGAGCAGCGCCACGAGGAAAUGCUUCACUUCUUUGGAUCUUUGGACUCCACGAUGGUGGCUCUCUACAUGGUAAUCUCUGAGGGCAUCCAUUGGAGUGAGUUGAUGAACCAACUUGAAGAGACUUUGGGUGGGUGGGUGCGUUUCCUCUUCGUCGCCUUCACAGGAUUCGAGCUGUUUGCGAUGAUGAACAUUAUUACCGCGUGCUUUGUAGAUUCGGCCAUGAAAGUGGCAGCGAAGGCAGAGACCAAGGAAGUCCUUGACUCGCUCUGGGGUCUGCUUUGCGAAAACGCAGCCAGAGAUGCACACACCGACGACAAGAUUGUGACGAGGGAGCAGUUCAUUUCCACCUACGGCCACGAGAGCAUGCGCAAGUUCCUGGACUUGAUCAACGCCCACACAGAAGAUCCAGACCAUGUGUUCUCCAUGAUCGACCGAGAUGGCGAUGGGUCCUUGACAGCUCCUGAAUUCCUUGUUUGUUGCGAGCGCCUCAUGGGCCCGUCGAAGGCGAGCAUGAUCGUGAAGAUUGCAAACGAAGAGCAGCUGCGUCGCAACGAACUGACGGAUGCGGCCUUUGCGACCGGAAUUGAAGUUGUCUUAGCGGGCGAGCUGUAUAACGCAGCUGGAGUUCAGACAAUUCGCUGCCUUAAAGCCAUGGCAUUGCUCACACUGGAUCCUGCUUCCUUCCGUCGGCCAAAGGGCCAGCAGUCCACCCGACACCUGUACCUUGCGAACUGCGGAUACGGCUUGGGCGAAUCGGUCGAGACAGUACUGGAGAGGCUCCAAUGGGCCCAAGCCGACGUUCUUGGAUUGCAUGUGGGUACGGGUGGUGUGUCAUAUGCAAGCUUCUCAGACGCCUUCACUGCCGAGAAGGUGAAGGCAUACUUGGAAGCUUCGACCAAGUGGGUCGUGCGAUUUGCAGAGCUGUGUUCUGAGAUUUCAUCAGGAGUGCUUCUCCCUGAGAGUGUAGCGGCAACAGAACAUGUAGUAGUACCUGGUGUGCACCUGGUAACUAACUUCAUAACGGACGAGGAAGCCUCCAACCUUCUGGAGGAAAUUGACGGACGGUCAUGGGACACGAGCAUUAAGAGGCGUGUUCAGCACUAUGGACAUGCAUUCGAUUAUGCGACUCUGAAGAUUGCAAAGCCCGGAACGGUGCCGGACAUGCCUGCUUUCGCCGAGGAGCUCAUCUCCAGAUUGUCAGAGUCCUGCCUAAUGCCACAUGAAACCGACCAGCUUACCAUCAACGAAUACGAGCCGGGUGUCGGGAUUGCUUUCCACGUGGAUGCGCAUUCAGCUUUCGAGGAUGGGAUUGCGGCAAUCACACUGGGCUCAGGGAUUGUCAUGGAGUUUCGGAAAGCUGACGAGACAAGUGGAAAGCUGUCUAUGGGAAGGCACCAUCGGAUGGCACCCCCACAGCCUGGAGCCGAAAUCUCCAAGAACCUUUGGCUUCCACCUAGAUCCCUGCUUGUCAUGACUGGCGAAGCUAGAUUUGCUUGGCAACACGGGAUAGCUUGGAGGAAGACCGACUGCUUAAAGGAAAAGGCUCUCAAGACGCUGGCUGCAGAUUUCAAGGCCGAGAAGCGCAGAACAGCUUUGACUCGGGUUUAUGCUGCGGCUACCUCCAUAGAUGCAGCCAGGCAUGCAAUACACGGCUAUGAACGCCGCAAGUCCGUUCACCUUCUCGAAAAAGGGACGCAGUCGCGGAGAGCCAAGGAAGAGUGGUUGGUCUCAACUGCAGGCAAUGCGCCGGCAAGACUUGGAAUGGCACCCUUUUCUAUUGUCCAUCUGGCUCUGGUUCGAUUUCCAAAGCUUCGGACAUCCGACACGUGGAAUCCGCAGACAAGCAUGGAGCAUUCGGACAUUCGUGGCAGCAGAGGAACAGCAUCCAGCUUGCGCGGUCAGUGGCUCAACAAGGUGGCGUCGUUCUUUGCGUUGACUGGCAUCGCAGCAGACUUUGCAGCGUGCGACACAACAGUCGCAUCUAUGGUGUUGGACGGCACGUCGAGCUUUUACAAGCGGACUCCCGGGGCCUGUAAAGGCCUAAGUCAGCGGCGUGUUCCUUUCACCUCCCUGGGCGGACCAGGGCUUGCUGCCACGAGGGCAGGCCGGGCCCGCCGGGCAGGGUUCCCCUGGCUUCUCGCUGCGCAGCUUGGGCGAUGGCCUCGACGCUGCCGAGCUGCUGUUGGACGCGCUGCAGCUGGGGCGUGGCGCGGCUCUCUUCUUGCCACGUGUGACAUCAAGCGCCGAGGUGACCCGUGCAAGCCUGCACUCCAAACGAUUGUUUCAGAGACAGGGGUGCCCAUCAGGGCCCCACCCUUACCUUUAGCCUUCAGCCUUAGCUCACCUCUUACACACGUUCUCAUUGGCCGUCUGAGCAUGGCCAUGGACGUAACAGCCAUGAUGAAUGUCCCAGACAUCUCCCGGCAGCGAUUCACGGGCAAGGUCACCCGAUUUCAUGCAGAGAGAGGCUGGGGCUUCAUAGAUCUCAACGGCACCGACAUCAUGGUUCAUGUCAACGACUGCAAACCAGAAGAUGUCGAGCUUUUCACAGGUGGCCAGCCAAGACCUGGAGACAUCGUUUCUUUCGAGGUCGAGCCACGCAAGGACAACCCUGGCCACAUGCAGGCCAAAAGAGUCAUGGGUGGUACGGACGAGCGCUGCUGCAACACAAAAGGCAAGGGCCAAGCUGCCCCAGCGCAAGGCACCGGAAGGCACUUUGGUGUCAUCAAGGCUUUCAACACGAAAGGCCUUGGGUGGGUGCAAUGCAUGGAUGGAUCAACUGCGUGGAUAGACCUGGCCGACUGCAUCGGCUCACGGCCGGUCACAGGUGACCGGGUCCAGUUUGACCUGCAGCCCUGCGAAGUGAAGCCAGGGAAGAUGCAGGCAGUCAACGUUACUGGUGGCACUGCCCCAUUGGAUCUUAAGGAUGCAGUUUUGGGCAAAGACAUGGCCAAGGCCAAAGCAGCUGCGCCAGCCCCUGUACUCCAGCUGAAGCGAAAUGCGAACGGCCACCUAGUCGGUUGUGUGUGCGCAGCAUGUCGACAAAGUGGCAUGUCAGACAUCCCCGUCAUGACGACGAUGGCUGCGCAAAACUCUGUGAUGGAACCUCCUGCGAGCAACGCAGCACUGCCUGUGCCGAAUGCGGGCAUCGCCCUUCCCAGCAUUAUGCAUGAAGCACCGAUGGCAGAGAUGAUCAAGCAGCGCGUGUCCGGAAGCAACAGAUCUAGCCCCUACAGCGGGGGCAUGGGGAGCAUGGGCAGGCUGUACUAG